AUGGAGGGGACAAGCACGGAAGACGUCAAGCUGGAUAUCAACAUUGCAUGUUCCCGCACCUCCGUCGGCACUUCAAAAAAUUUCCAGCCACUACAUUUGUAUGUGUUGAGUGCUGACAUGGCCGAUAUGAUACAUUUUAGCAUAAGAACCACUGCUACACGGGAGUCAAUAAAUGAUACGGUCCAUGGCCACUGGAGUCUAUUAACACAAGUCGCUAAGAAGCCAUGA